GUGGGGAUUUCACAGCAGAAAUUCCCCAAAAUGUCAGGAAUUUCGGGGAAAUUUUCGGGGAAAAUGCCCCAAAUUUGGGGUCUAAGGGGUUCUUUAGCCCCCCGAGGUUUUGGGGAGCCCAAAAUUGCCCGAAUUUGCCCCGAUUUUGGCAGAUCCAGGCGGCGCUGGUGCAGCUGCGGUGGCCGCGCGGCUCGCGAGGCGCUGAGUGGGGCAAAUUCCGGAACUUUCUGCAAUUCCAGCGCCGGAUCCGCGCCCCCAUCCAGGUGUGGCAGGACCUGGCUGAGACCCUCGUGGGAGGGCCCCUGGAGAGACCCCCCAGCGCCGCCUUCUCCCAGGUGCUGACGCUGGCGGCCACGGAGCCCCUGAGCCUGCAGCUCUCCAGCCCCCCCCAGGAUUUGGGGGACCCCCCCGGAUUUGGGGCCUGCCCAGAACUGGGGGGGCCCCCCGGGGGUGGGGACCCCCCCGAACUCGGGGUGCCCCCGGAGCCGGGGGGGUGGGAGGUGGAUUUUGGGAGGAUCUACGAGUUCCUGGCGCGGGUCAGCGCGGGGGGCGCCCAGCCCCCCCUGAGCCCCCCAGAGGCCGCGGUGGUUCUGUCCUUACUGGGAGCGCUGCCGGCCGAACUGGGAGCGCUGGGGGCGCUGGGGGGGCUCCAGCGGCACCUGCGGGGGCUCUGGGGGGUCCCUGAGCGCCCCCCGAGCCCCGGGGGAGCCCCCGCGGGGCCCCGAGCCCGCCCAGUGCCCCCCCCUGAACCCCUUACUGGUGCCGCUGGGAUUGCUGCGGCGGGCGGCCUGAGGGCCCUCGGGACGGACCAAAAUCCCCACUUGGGGGGGGGGGUCCCAAAUCCCUCAGGGGCCCCAAAAUCCCCAGGGGGGCCCCAGAAUCCCCAGGGGGGCCCAGAAUUCCUUGGGGCGAGACCCCAAAUUCCUGCAUUUUGGGGAAGAUCCCAAUUUUCCUGGGAUUUCCAAAGUUUGGGGGGUGGGGGGUGGAAUCCCGAAUUUUGGGGUGAUCCCAAAUUCCCUCUGCGCUUUCCCAGUUUUUUUUUGGGAGGGGGAGCAAAUAAAUGUUUGGAUUUUCUCAAAGUUGGAGCGUUCGGGACUCGUUUGUGGCCGGACUGGGAGGGAACUGGGAUGGACUGGGAAUUGUCUGGGAGGGAACUGGGAUGGACUCGCCCGGAUUCCCCCCCUCCGUUCUCCCCCAAUGGUUCCGUCCAUCUCGCGUUGGCCACGCCCCCUUGA